GUUGGGGAGACAGAGACAGGACAAAAGGCAGGCCAUGCCUGAUGCUGUUGAGAGGCCAGUAGCAAUGCAAAGACCUGGCCAAUGUGACAGCCUUGGGGCUGACAGACUUGAGGUUAGAGUUGGAGUUAGGGCAGGCUGGAAGGGUAGGAGGAGCUGAACAACGGCCAGAGGGGGGGAUUUCAGAGCGGGGAGCACUAUGAAGAGCCAGGCAAGGGACAUCUCUCCCUUUCCUGAGCUGUGCUCUGUAGGGCCACAGGUGAAAGUAAAAGUGAAAGAGGAGAUGCAGAAAGGGGCCCAGGAGCUCUGAGGAAAGGUGAAAGCGAAAGCAGGAAGCAUCAGAUGUAGAGCCCAAGGGAGGACAAGGCUGUGGCCUUUCUUGCUCUGCCCUGGUCCUACUCAUGUGACCAUCGACCCCCAAACCCAGGACCGCGCUACCUACCCUGAGAUGCUGAGGCCAAUGCUAGGGCCCCAAGGGGGCUUCUGCUUCGAGAACUGCCAGAGAAAUGCAUCCUUGGAACAUGUCCUCCCAGGGCUCCCGGUCCCUCAUGCGCGCAAGACCGGGACCACCAUCGCGGGCCUUGUUUUCCGGGAUGGGGUUAUCCUGGGUGCGGAUACACGGGCCACUAACGAUUCGGUCGUCGCGGACAAGAGCUGCGAGAAGAUCCACUUCAUUGCCCCGAAAAUCUACUGCUGCGGAGCUGGCGUAGCCGCGGACGCCGAGAUGACCACGCGGCUGGCGGCGUCCAACAUGGAGCUACACGCGUUGUCCACCGGCCGCGAGCCCCGGGUGGCCACGGUCACCCGCGUUCUGCGCCAGAUGCUCUUCCGGUACCGGGGCCACGUGGGAGCAUCUCUAAUCGUGGGCGGCGUAGACUUGACAGGACCGCAGCUCUACAGCGUGCACCCCCACGGCUCUUACAGCUGUCUGCCCUUCACCGCCCUGGGCUCUGGCCAGGAUGCGGCCCUGGCGGUGCUGGAGGACCGGUUCCAGCCAAACAUGACGGGUGACUCUGGAGGCCCUCUCGUCUGCCAGAAGGGAAAUAUGUGGGUGCUAAUUGGCAUCGUCUCCUGGGGCACAAGCAACUGCAAUGUGUACGCACCUGCCAUGUAUACUCGGGUCAGCAAGUUCAGCACCUGGAUCACCCAGGUCACUGCCUACAACCGAGCCUACCACAGGUCCUCUUCCCAUCUCAAUGCAAUAAAGACCCCAGGCUCUUGUCCUUGUGUAUUCUCUUUUUUUUCCCUGCGUUAAGGCUUUCUGUAGAAUGGUGUUCUCCAGAUGUCCUUUUGUAUUCUUAACUGUCCUCCUGACUCAGAGGAAGGCUCUUGGGUCCCACUCCUUAUUUGGACUUUUUCUCCGGGUAUGGUAGGUACUGAGGCGUCAGGAUAUUCCUUAGAGUGGCCAUGCCCAGGCUGCCCCAACCCCUGCCAUCCCUCCUCCUUCUAGGCAAUCCCC